GUGCUGCAGAAAUUCCACAUCCUCCCUCGCACAUAUUCUUCGUCCCUCCCUCUCCUUCGACAUCCCUCCUCCCUCAUCGUUCCCCCGCCCAUUGCUCUUUGUGCUCCUCGUCCCCCCCCCCCCCCCCCUUCGCCAUGGCUGCGUCUCUCACCAUGGCUGCGUCUCCUGCUCGACUUGUAUCCUCCUUCACUCCCUUGUCCAGUUCCAAAUCUUCCUUCCCCGCCGCUACCAGAGCCUCUGUCUUCGUGAAGAACGUCGCUAGCAGGAUCGUCUGCUCCGCUAGCGAGGAAUCUGUCGAUGUCGCACAGACUGCAGGUAAAUUCGCCACUGCGCUGGCGCUGGCUGUGCUCGUUGGUGCCGGUGAUUUCGUUGUCCCUGAGGCGAAGGCUGAUGUUGCGGGGUUGACGCCUUGCAAGGAGAGCAAGGGGUUCGCCAAGCGUCAGAAGCAGGAGAUUAAGAAGCUGGAGGGUAGGUUGAAGCUGUACGCGCCUGACAGCGCUCCAGCGUUGGCUAUCAAUGCCACCAUCGAGAAGACGAAGAGACGGUUUGAGUUUUACGGUAACCAGGGUUUGUUGUGUGGUACUGACGGUCUUCCGCACUUGAUUGUGGAUGGCGACCAGGCUCAUUUGGGCGAGUUUGUCUACCCCGGGCUUGUGUUUUUGUACAUUGCCGGGUGGAUUGGAUGGGUUGGGAGGGCGUACUUGAUCGACGUGAGAACUUCCAAGAAGCCGACAGAGAAGGAGAUCAUCAUCGACGUUCCAUUGGCACUGAGGGUUAUGUCGAAAGGUUUCACCUGGCCGUUGGCCGCUAUUGGGGAGCUCAGGAGUGGUAAGCUAGUGGAGAAGAGCGCCAACAUCACCGUUUCACCUAGAUAAAUGAUUUUGAAGGUUGUAGACUUUAAUCACAGUCCAGAACUCGUCAUGAAUCAACAUUCCUCCCAUAGUCAUUUGAUGGACUGAAAUGCUGCCGUCCAUGGAUCCGAAGUUGUUGAGAAUGUGAAUUUAGCCUGUAACAUCUAGCUUAGGUUUCGUCUUUUUCAAAGCCUAGUCUUCUGUGACACCAGUAGCUCUUAAAAUCUGUCGAUAUCUCCAACGACCAGCAACUCUAACUGCUGAUCAGUAUGUUAUAAUGGCCCCGAGGGGCGAUAUCCUGGAAUCAAAGUAGAAUCUUAGUCCAAU